UACACGUUGCUCCGUUUGCGGUUUGGGCGUUCCUGCUAAGUAUUUUCAUCGCUAGAGCUUUGUUUGCCAAUUGUUUCCUUGUUUAAGCCUCUUCAGUUGCUUUAUUUGAUCUCCGACGAUCAGCUGGGCGGCGGGCUCCGCCCACGCGCCCCGCUGCGCGGGCCGACAACCAAACUUUAUUAUUUCCUUGUCGUGCUACCGUUACAGUUAUUGCCUUUUAAGUUUCAGUAAGAAGGGUUGGAGUUGGUUGAUUCUUUGUUCUUGUUAUAGUUUGCGUGCAUUUAAGUAAUUGUGCCCUAUCUAUAGUUAACGUUAUAAUAUUGACACCCCCCCAUACGUUCUUGUUGAGUUCCUUUAGUUUGCUUGGUGAUCCUGUGGUUUAGUUGGCAGUUGCCUCAUCUUACUUUGAGCAAACUUUUAAAUAUAUUCAUAAUUAUUGCUUAAGUUAAUUUCAUUAUUAAGGUAUUGCAUUAGUUUUAAAUUACAUUUCAUAGUGGUUUAUUGUUCAGUUUAUUAGAGUGUAAUACAUUACCCCACCCCCACCUCCCACUUCCCUUUACCUUAAAAAUUCCCCCCAUAUCAUAGUCAUAUAUACAUAAAUAAAGAAAGAAUAAGUUAAUAUAUUAGAAAUAAUAAUAAUAAUAAUAAUAAAAGUCAAAUUUAUUGUUAUAGUGUAAUUAGCACUUAUGUGUGCCAUUUAUUAUUAAAUUUGUCAACUUUAUAAUCUAGUAGAGAUUGCAUUUUGGUACGCUGCAUAAUUGUGUGGAUUGGUUUUUACAAAUAUGUCACCCAGGAAGGCUCAAAAGAAAAAAGGGGUGCGGGUUGUGAAGCAAACGACAAAGCGUCCUCCACCCCAGCAGAACUUGUCUUCUGACGAAGAGGAAGAUUUGGAGACCAUCCGUGCCUUGGUGGCUAGGGUGGAGGCGCUGGAAAAGGAACGCAAGCAGCCGCUUGAUGCUGAAGCUGGCACAAGUUCCGCUCCUGCAGGUAAGAAAUCUGCAAGGUUGGCUUCCAGAAGGCCUACAAAUCGUCUUCUUGCUGAUUUAGUUUCUAGGAUCGGAGUUCUGGAAGCGGCAGCGCACUGUGAGGAGCCAGCUACCCAGACGCCUUCCGCUUGUUUGCCAACUGUUCCUGCCUCCGUUUCUUCUGUCACACCUUCUUUUCAGCCGGCUGUUGGGACUAUGCAAGAUCAGCUGCCGAUCCCGCAUGAUGCUACCGCAUUUACUCCUAGGGCUUCCGGGUUGGCAGCACAGCCCGGAGUUGCCUCUCAUGCUGUGGAUACAGGUUUGACAAACAUCCCAAUUCCUGUGAGGAUCGUCUUGUGUGGCCACUCAAUUUUGUUUUGGGCUCACCGGAGGGCAUCCUCCUCUGUUCCGGGCACACAGCUGCAGCUGUCGGCCUCAGCUACGGUUCAGUGGGAUGCACGGAGGGGCAUGUUAUGGGAUGCGUUGUUGCCUGCCAUGUGCCGAAUCAUGUCCUCUGCUAAUAGGCCACACAUCGUGUUGAUUCAUUUGGGAGAAAAUGAUUUGGUGCAGCAUCCUGCGUUGGAUUUGCUGCUGAAAGUUACGCUUGAUCUCACGUGGCUUAUCCGCGUAUAUCCCAAUCUUAUAAUUGUAUGGUCCAAAAUGCUUGUUAGAAGGAUCUGGAGGGGUGCAUUGCACCCCAAUAUGAUAGAAGGAUCUAGGAAAUGGGUUAAUAGGAAGGUAAGGGAGUUUUGUCCUUGGGUGGGGCAGUUAUUCCUCAUGAAAGGAUUAGGUUCCAUGCCCCACAUGUUUCGUGAUGACGGUGUUCAUCUUUUUGAGCAAGGGUGUGACAAUUUUUUGGAGGAUCUUAUGGGGGGAUUAAGGGGUUUGUUAUCUUCAUUGGGUGGAGGGGACCAAGCUUAAGCUGAUCCCCUCUUGUGGCAUAGAAUUCGGGCAGGUGAGGUAUAUGGGGGUUAAAAUUAGGCGGUUAAGGCAUCCUGAAAAAGGGGCACUCCACAGGGAACCAUCAGGGCUUGGUGUCUGGUGGCGAUCUGGGUUGUGUCCUUGUGGGACCUGCUUGCGCAUCAGGGUGAACGCCUGUACGGCGGGGCCAUGGUGUGGAGGUGGGAACCACACAGCUGACUCCAAGAGCAAGGAGGGAGGAAUUCACACACGUCCUUGACUCUUGGGUUAUGUAAUGACGUGAAUGGAUGCCGUUAGAAGGUGAGGGUGUAAUCCCUCAUUGUUAGGUUUAGCCUCACCUGCCCGAAGAGUUGGAUAUUUGAAUAAU